ACACUUGCUGCAGAUAGCUCCAAAGAGGAUUGAGAACUGGGCGGCGAACGUCCAUUCGUUCUCUCUUUCUCUCUCUCUGUUUCGCCGUCUCCUGGAAGGUGUCAACGCUCACCUUUCUACGCAAUCUGUGAGCACAUCAGAAGAGAGGAGAGGAGAAGAGCAAGGGAACGAAGCAUUUUUCAGUUAGAACAAAUGGGUCUUCUGCCCACCCUGAUCCUGAUGUGCUUCGCAGUUCCCUUCGCAGCUUCAUCCGCUGAAGUCCACCACCAUUCCCGCGCCACAACCGAGGACGCAGAUUCAAAAUCCCGCGGUGCAGGCAGGAGAGUCGUUGACGCCAAGGGCGGCCCAGAAUCUGUGGUGUGGGUAGUCCAGCUCUCCGAUCUCCAUUUCAGUAUGUUCCAUCCUGACAGAGCACAUGACUUCCGGAGCCUGAUAGGCCCAGCUCUUUCCAUGAUCAAUCCUUCCCUUGUUCUCAUCACUGGCGAUCUCACAGAUGGGAAGAGCAAGGAUUUGUUAAUAAUGAAACAAAAUGAAGAGGAAUGGGCAGAAUACCAGAGCGUAAUGGAAGAUGUUGUAAAGAGGAGUGGGCUUGACAAGAGCAUUUUCUAUGAUCUUAGAGGGAAUCAUGAUAGUUUUGGUGUACCAGUUGUUGGCGAUUCAUUUGAUUUCUUUUCAAAGUAUAGCAUCAAUGGACAGUUAGGAAGGAGUAGAAAUGUUAAUAGUGUUACAGUACAGACUGGCAGCUGGAAUUAUCUCUUUGUUGGAUUUGAUAGUGCAAUGUCCAUUGGUCUAAGGGGCCCAACUAACCUUUUUGGGCAUCCAACUGUUCAACUAUUGACUGACAUAGAUUCUGAGCUCUCACAGUGGGAUUCUCUGUCAACAAAACCAGUAACAAAAAUUACGUUUGGACAUUUUCCACUUUCUUUCUCAGCUGCAUCCCCUUCUGCAAUAAACCUGGAAGAUAUAUUUCUCAAGCAUUCUCUAUCAGCUUAUCUCUGUGGCCAUCUUCAUACAAGGUUUGGUAAAAAUUUGAAGCGGCACCAUCAGUCAGGUCAUAAUUUUCAGAAAAAUCUCCAGCUAAACAUCCACCAAAUACCUUCAGAAAGCAUUGCAAAUUGUUUGGGCAGAGCCCCACCUCUUGAAGAAUUCUGGGAGUGGGAGAUGGGUGACUGGAGGAAGAGUAGAAUGAUGCGAAUUUUGGCCAUUGAUAGAGGUCAUGUUUCAUUUGUUGACAUUGACUUCAAGGCAGGUGCCAGAAAAACUAUUAUCCUGCCGACAUUUCCUCUGGAUUCCCGGUUCAUGUUAACAGCAUCAUCACCUCAUAAGUACAGUUGUGAAGUGAACCCUUCAUCCAAUGGGAUGAUUAGAGCUCUGGUGUUUUCAGUUUCGCCAAUCGUUUUGGUUGUAGCUAGGAUCUAUGACUCUAGACCUGGAGAUCUUAAUAUGGUCAUGGAAACUCCUAUGACCAAGCAGGAGGAUAAUUCCUCCAGGGGAGAUCUUUAUUCAGCACUAUGGAAUUUCAAAGCAUUUGAAGAUCCAUCUCCUGAUAGAUAUUGGCUGCAAAUUGAAGCAGUUGACAUCAUGGGUAGAUCAAGUUUGACUGAAUUAAGGCCAUUUUCAAUAACUGGUCACAGUGCCCGGGUUUUAUGGACAUGGAAGGAGUUCUUUGUCAUGGGCUGUCAAUGGGAUGCCUUGUAUUAUCCAAUAAUCUGGUUUUCUCUUUCUUUUUUAUUCAUCAUUCUUUUUACUCCUAAAGCUCUUCUCAUUUUUACAAAUAGGCAGCACACUUACAAGAAUUUCAGCAACAAUAAAGGCCUCUUAAAUGGUUUAGCAUGGUUUUUAACAGAGCUCUGCAGUAUACCCAUAAUAUGGUUUGGUAUGUUAGGGUAUUUGUUUUACCUUGUGUUAUUCCCCUGGUUUUUUGGGCAAGUUUUCACUGAUGAUGGUGGAAGGGGGUACAUGACUUAUAAAGGAUGGGUACUAAAAACUUCAGAUGAGAGAAAAAAACUAGAGUUUAUUGGAUCUCCAGACAUAAUGGUGGUGGUUAUUCCGCAUCUUUUAUUUGUGGUUUUACCUGCAAUUUUGGUCGCAGGGGGAUUGUCUGCUGAAAGAGAGGUAUAUCGGAUACAUUUUCUAACUCUUUCCGGAAAAAAAGAAGAUGACUAUGGGUGGGAGAAUAAAGGUUCUAUGUCAUAUGACUACCAAGGAACUGGACGAUUAAAACUCAAUUUUCAAAAGCGAUGGAUUAGGAAAUUUCUCUUGGUUGUCCUUUUAGCUAUUUGUUGGCAGCAUUUUAAGGUAAGACCUCACCUACUAAUCCCUCGUUUAAGUGCAAGCAUGAAGGAGCACUGCAGAGGCUUAUUUAUUAUGUAUGGGCAAAGCAUGUACUGUAUGCCACUCCCCAUCCUUUUUAGAAAGUCUCCUAGGCUGAGAUUGAUUAUGGAGAUAUAUCCAAUCUAGAUUUGGCUCCUGUGUUGUUUAAAUGUAUGAUGGGUACAGUCACUAGUUUAUCAGUAAUCACAUUUGCCUGAGGGGCUGUGAUCAUUGCAUUGAUAUGGUCAAGCAACCUCGAUAUUUGCAUAGGGCAUCUCACUUUCCAUUACUUUUCUGUGUAAAAUGUGAUUGGCAGAUGACUGGCGAUCGUACUGUUCGCAUAGAUAUGAUUUAGAGGAGCACAUUGCCCAAAACAAAGGAAGAUUUGCAGGAGUGUGAUUUGAGUUUCUAAUUUUGACAUUUACAAAUUGUAUAAUGUAUAUUAUAGCCUUGAAAUUGAUUAGUUCUAGAUUCUUAGACCAUUUGACAUUUUUAGUUGACCAUUCACAUUAGAGAUGAUAAUACCGCCUGUUGGCUUCAAUUAGGAUGUGGAAAGAUUUGGCUUUUAGAUCUGUUAAUUAACCACAUUGGUAAUUGGCACAGUUCUUGUUGCCAAUCUUAAAUAGACAUGGGAAAAAGCAACAACAUUUUGCAAGUUGGGAACCAGCAUUUUUAACCCAAUAUACAGCAAAGUUUCCUUUUCUCCUGUGGCUUUUGGCAAAAGCAAGCUGUGCAGAAAGAAAUAAUCACUCAAUAUGUUGCUAUUGGUUCCCCCUUAUAUGCAUCUCUUUUGUUUUCUUUUCAGAGUUGCAGAGCUCUUAUGAAGGCUUACGCAAUGAACCCAAUUCUUCAUUUUCCGGUUUAUAGCCUCUCAAUUCCAUUGCUGUUGCUCUACGUCGUCUACAGAACCAGCAAGGUCUAAUUAACGUAGACGAAGCAAGCACUCUUCUUCAUCAGGUUAUUUUGCACUACCAAAAGUGAGGCAACAAUCCCUUUGUUGCGCUGAGAACAAAUAUUGGUUUUAAUUCCUCAUUGCUGCAGGAUAUAUUUAUGCCUUGGGCACUUCUAUGCUAAUCCUUGAAGUGGAGUUCAAAUUAUACUAUAGGACCAGGAUUUUGGAGAUUGUGGCUUUAAGAAGAGGAAAGUGACGGAGAAGCUUCUUUUCUUGGAGAGAGAAGAUGAUUUCAACUUUUGUCAUGACAAGUUGCUACUGCAGUUUUCUGUCCUAGCCAAACAGGAAACUCAUGCUGACAUUUAUACAUGAUGUAUGCCUUCCCCUUCUACAACUUGGUAAAUUGUGAUUUUAUGAAGAAAUUUUGCCCUAUAUAUUAGAGUAAAGUUUAUUAACACCUUUUACUCCACUCCAAUUCCUACCAUACAAAGGUAAAUGACAAAAACUCUUUUGUCA